UGUCUCCCAGAUGUGCCCGUGGGUCUGAGCGUGGGACUCCUGCCUGCAGACUCGUCCCGCCUGCAGACUCGUCUCACCAGACGAACCAGUUUCACUUUCAGAAAUAGGAAGUUGGCCGGGAAGGGCCGGCGAGCUCCCAGACGCGUGCGGGUAAGGCAGGAUGAGCUUCCCGGCCGGCGGCAGCAGCCCCGCAUCCCCCGUGCCCCCGGCCGUCCCCAGCGCGGUGCCAUAGCCCCCCGCACCCACCGCAUCAGCCGGCAUGGAGCAGUUCGUCAGGAAGCGCCUGACCUUCCUGACAUCCUUCUGGAACAAGCUCCGUCCCCGCUCCGUCACCGAGAGCUGCUCGCUGGGGUAUCUUGGCUCUGAUUCCGUUUCGCUCAACUCGGAGGCGACUUCCAUUUCCUUCAUCCCCAAGUCGUCUCUCUGUAUCGCUUUGUACGCUUUCACAGCCCGCAGCGCAGAGGAGCUGAGCAUAAGCGCAGGGGACAAACUGCGCGUCCUCAGGGAAGAGGGCGAGUAUGUGCUGGCCCGGCGGCUGCUGGGGGAGCCGGCCAUGGGCUACGUCCCUGCCGCCUACGUGGCCAACCUCAGCCAGGGCACCUCGGCUCGCCGCCCCUGGUACUUCAGCAAGAUCAGCCGAAACGAAGCGGAGCAGCUCCUCCUCUCGCCUCCCAACCAGCACGGCUCCUUCCUCGUCCGGGACAGCGAGAGCAGCAAGGGCGAAUACUCUCUCUCAGUGCGCAACCACGCCAAGGUCAGCCACUUCCGAAUCUGCAAGAGCCCCAGGGGCAGCCUCUACAUCCAGAGGGGACACCCCUUUCCCAACAUGGAAGAGCUCCUCGCCUUCUACACGGAGAACUGGAAGGUCAUCCAGAGCCCCCUGCUGCAGCCCUGCAGCCCUGCGACUCCUCCCGAGAGGGACGGCUGGGAGCGCCCGCGCUGGGAGUUCACCCUGCGGAGGAAGCUGGGAGAGGGCUACUUUGGAGAGGUGUGGGAAGGGCUGUGGAGGAACACGGUGCCAGUGGCCAUCAAGAUCAUUAAAGCUGACAUGAAAGCAGAAGACUUCACCAAGGAGAUUCAGAACCUGAAGCGCCUGAGGCACGAGAAGCUGAUCCAGCUGCACGCCGUGUGCUCCCUGGAGGAGCCCGUGUACAUCAUCACCGAGCUCAUGCGCAAAGGCAACCUCCACAGCUACCUCAACAGUCCUGAAGGGAAAUCCCUGGGCACCUCCCACCUGCUCAACAUCGCCUGCCAAGUGGCGGAUGGGAUGAGGUACCUGGAGGAGAAGCACAUUGUCCACCGGGAUCUGGCAGCCAGAAACAUCCUGGUUGGAGAAGAACUCACCUGCAAAAUCGCUGAUUUUGGACUUGCCCGGCUCCUCAAGGAUGACAUUUAUUCCACCAGCAGCAGCACUAAAAUCCCGGUGAAGUGGACGGCCCCAGAGGCAGCCAACUACCGCACCUACUCCCUCAAGUCCGACGUCUGGUCCUAUGGGAUUCUGCUCUACGAAGUCUUCACCUAUGGACAGAUCCCAUAUGAAGGAAUGACAAACCAAGAAACCGUACGGCAAAUCACCAGGGGCUACCGCCUCCCCCGGCCCAGCCCCUGCCCCCCUGAGAUCUACAGCAUCAUGCUGGAGUGCUGGAGCGGCAACACGGAGGAGCGUCCCACCUUCCUGGCCCUGCGGGAGAAGCUGGGCUUCAUCUACAGGCGGCUGCUCAGCUCCCUCUCCUGAGGGACCCCUUCCCACCAUCCUUCCCACACAAGCCCCUCCAGGCCAGCUCUUGCCAAGAAGUUCCUUCCUUCUGGUUUGCCCCCUGACAGGGCUACAAAGAAAGCACAUUCCCCAGAAAACAGCCUGUGGUCCCUCACAGUCAGGGUGCAGGGAGGUGGCCAAGGGAGGAAGCAAUGAGUUGUGGAGAACUCGUUGCCAGUGCUUGGCUGUGGAAGUUUGGAGAAGCCCCAUGGAGGCAUCACUCAAAGUUUACAUCUUCCUUCACUCAGUAGGGUGGGAGGUCCCUGCUGCUCCCCACACAAACGUGAGAGUUUGCAGUUCAUGUUCAGUUGUGGCUCUGCUUGAUUUAUCUUGUAGUGUGUGUUCGGUGUAUUUAUCAAUAAAUGUGUGUGCAUCCACCCACGGGAGUCCUGUCAGGGCUGGAUGCUCCUCCCUCA